AUGAAUGAAGGAUUGCUAUCAGUAAAAAAUGCAUCUGGCAGACAGGUCAGUCUGCUGAAUAACAAUGAUGAACAGCCAGAGUCUCCCAGUGGAAAAAUACCCACCUCACCAACAUCGUUUACCUCUUCUGCUGAUGAGUGGCAGCAAGAUGCUCAACAAUCAAAGAGAAAAUACCACUGUAUUGAGCCUGGAUGUAACAAGAGCUUCACUACAAGUGGCCAUCUCGCAAGACACAACAGGAUUCAUACAGGCGAAAAGAAUUUUCCUUGCUUAUUUCCAGGUUGUCAAUCAAGAUUUUCACGUCAAGAUAAUAUGAUGCAACACUAUAGAACCCACAUGUCACCAAAAUCUAGAAGAUCACAAAAGAGAGGAUUAGCUGAAGAACCGAGACCAAGGCCUCGUCUUCAUGCCCAUCAUCGUAUUAGAUCAGAUCCUGUAAGAGUAGAGCCUCCGCUUACAAUUGAUCAACAUCUCUCCAAUUACCAUCAAUCAUUAACCAGCGUUACGACUGCACAUGAAAGACACACUCCUGUUCGAUUUAAUUUCCCGUUGCCAUUAUCCUCCGCAGCUAGAUCACCUUCUAAUCUGAAAAAAGUUAUUACUCCAUCACAGCAACAGCAACAAACACAACAUGUAGCCCAAUUACCACUGCAGCAACACCGUGAUCGUACUCCCUCGCCCACGCUCUCCCAUUCUUCCUCCUCGACAUCUCUGCCAUCUAUUCACCACAUCAUGGAUGAUACCAGUAAUCCUGCUUCUAGGCCUACCUCACCUCCCAAAGAAGUGCUUGUUGCAAAUGAAAAAGAACCAUCACCCAAUUUGAACCCUUCCACUUCCACAAACCCUACCUCCACACUUUUUUACCAACAUCGUCCCUUAACUUUCACAAGACCACAAAACUCGAGUUUCCCGUAUACAUUGCUUCAUCCCGCACAACAACAAGAGGAACAGUUGUCCAACGUAGCACGAAAUCAAACCAGUGGGAAUUACAAACCAUCGUCUGAUGACCAUCAAAAGGACGACCCUAUGGAUGAAGAUGGGGACAAUAAUAAUGGCAGCAAUAGCAGCUCGAAAUCACCCUCUGGCGGGUUGCUUCAAUUGGCUCAUAUCGUAUCAACAUUUGGCUAG